AUGUGGUCCCUCCACGCCGCCCGCGGUUUUCGCUCUUUGAAAGGGUGCAUUAGAGGAUUCGCCGCAGUGCAGAGACCCGGACGUACAGGUUGCGUCUCCCCAUCAGCAUCAGAGAUUGCCAAUGCUAAGCUCGGGUCGAGAAACCUCGAGAAGGCUGUCAGACACCUCCACAAAGACGGCCUGGUAGUGAUUGAGGAUGUUGUCCCUCAUGAACAUCUUGACAUUCUCAAUGAGAAGAUGGUCAAGGAUGCCAGGACUCUUCAGGCCCGCGGGGAAGACGGCCCUUUCAACUAUAACUUGGCGAAUCUGCAGCAAGAUGCUCCCCCAGUGGCGAAGUACUUUUUCCCCUCCAUUUUUACCAAUAAUCGACUGUCGAUAGACCCCAUUGGAACACAAGUAACAACGGCUAUUCUCGGCCCACGCCCUAAGUGGACAUUCUGUUCAGCCAACGCAGCCAUGCCCCUUCUACCCGGGGCCAGCCCUCAGCGACAGCCAGUCCACACCGACGCCGACUUUGCGCACCCGAGCCACCCCUUUGCCCUGGUCGUCAAUGUGCCACUCAUCACAAUGACACCGGAGAAUGGAUCUACGGAGCUCUGGCUUGGGACCCACACCGGUCACGGCUUGGAUUCCCAAGAGGGCUCUCAAGGCGAUAGGGCGAGCGGGCGCAUCAAGGAGAACCUCCUCCGAGAGAGGGAAGUUGUCAACUCUCCAGUGCAACCCGUCGUCAAGAAGGGGAGCAUCAUUGUCCGGGAUCUGAGGCUGUGGCACGCGGGGAUGCCAAACAUGAGCGACGAGGUGCGCAUGAUGCUGGCCAUGAUUCACUUUGCGCCUUGGUUCCGCAACAAGAUGAGACUCGAGUUUGGACGCGACAUUUGUCCUAUCUUAGAGAAGCUGGAGAAUGAGGGGAAUCUGGGACUCGAAGUGCCGGUUGACUGGGUGGAGGUAGACAUGGCGCUUGGGCGGUAUCUGAAUCGGGGGUUCGGCAACAGCUAUAACUUUAGCCAGGAGGCGUGA